AUGGUGGAGCCACCCCAGGGUCGGUGGUGUCGGUGGAGGCGACGCCAUCUGCUUACCGGAUCGCUGCUGGUGCUGUUGUGUGUGCUGCUGGCGCUCGAUCCCGCCCCGGUCGGUGCCGAUCCGGACGAGGACAUUCCGCACAACGAAGUGCGGAACUGGGCGAUCCGCUUCGGUGUCGAUCUGUGGGAGUUCGGGCGGCAGUUUACCAAAGUGAACGACAUCAGAAACCGCUUCAAGGACUCGGACGUGGACGUGACCCGCAAGGAUGGCAUCCUGCUGCUGCGCGAGCUGGCGACGGAAGUGAAGAACUUUAUGGAUUUCAAAAUGAACGCCGUAAUGCGAAUAAUGGAUUCGGCGGAGCAGGCAGCCCUUUCGGAGUCGGAUCCGGAGUCAAGCACGGCCAAGUCCAACCCGGGUGGGUUCUACGACGCCCGGCGGAUCAACGAGUACCAGUCGGACGGACGGCUGGCGGAAGGUUCGCGGCAGAUGCUGCUGCGUCAUAUGCGCCGCUUCGAGGGAUACCCGGUGAACAUCAGUCUCAGCUCGGUGCUGCUGCCCGUCGGCGUCAGUCUGGAUGAACCGGAAACGCAGGGCGCGAUCAAGUGGUCGUCCCACCUGGAUCCGCUUUUCGCGAACAACAUCGAACGGGACUCGGCCCUCUCGUGGCAGUACUUCGGUAGUAGCACCGGUUUCCUCCGGCGUUUCCCGGGCACCGCCUGGCCACCGGAGACUUCAUACGGCAGCAAGGAGAUUAACGACUUCCGGUCGGAGGACUGGUUUAUUCAGGCGGCCUCGUCACCGAAGGAUGUGAUUAUAUUGCUCGAUUCUUCCGGCUCGAUGAGUGGCAAGGAGUACCAGCUUGCAAUGGCCACGGCCGGCGCCAUCUUGGACACGCUCGGCGAUGACGAUUUCUUCAAUCUGAUUUCGUUUUCUGACCAGGCCCGCGUGAUUGUGCCGUGUUUCCAAGAUAAGAUGGUACGCGCCACACCGGACAACGUGAAGGAAGUGAAAACGGCCAUCAACGCGGUGGAGUGUGAAAAUACGGCCAACUUUUCCGCUGCCCUUGAGACGGCUUUCGAGCUGCUGCGAAAGUACAACCAAAGCUCCCAGGGGAGCCAGUGCAACCAGGCCAUUAUGCUCAUCACCGACGGGCCGAGUGAUACGUUUAUGGACGUCAUCAAGCACUACAACCAUCCACAUAUGCCGGUGCGCAUCUUCACGUACCUGAUUGGGACGGACAAGAGUGGCGGUAAAAACCUGUACCGGAUGGCGUGCGAGAACAAAGGAUUCUUCGUUCAGAUUAACAGCGCCGAGGAGGCACGCAAGAAGGUGGUCGAGUACGCACUGGUGAUGGCCCGACCGAUGGUGCUCUACCAGGCGGACCAUCCCGUCCACUGGAGCCCGGUGUUUAUGGGCGGCCGUAGCGGCGUUCUCGGGCGGGAAAGCGAAAACCGGCGCAAGCUGGUCACCACGGUUUCCACGCCCGUGUUCGACCGGCGUAACCAUUCGGCCCGGGCUGCCAACCUGCUCGGGGUGGUCGGAACCGAUGUGCCGAUCGAGGAGAUCCAGAAGAUGAUCCCGCAGCACAAGCUCGGCGUCAACGGGUACUCGUUCAUCGUGGACAACAACGGCCGGGUACUGUACCAUCCCGACCUGCGCCCCCUGAGCGACAACGAUCAGUACAGUGCGACGCUGAAACACAAGUACAACUCGGUCGAUCUGACCGAGGUCGAGCUGCCGGAGGUGGAUAAUCCGAGCAACACGAUCAACGACCGGCACGAUCAGCGCUACGCCAACACGCUGCAAGAGUUACGCAACGAGAUGGUGAUGCAGAAGGAAGGCGAAAACGAACUCACUGUACUGACGCACCUCGACAGCAUGAAGCGAGUGUCGUUGCGUUUCCAAAAGUACUUUUACGGCCCCAUUGACGGUACGCCCUUUUCGCUGGGAAUCGCCCUGCCCGAUUCGUACGGCGUGCAUGAGCUGAACGCUCAGCAGGAGAUCCGGCACUCGCACAUCAACGUGACCGAACACUUUAAGGGCAACAACUGGAAGGUGCACCCGGACUGGGUGUACUGCGAGUACAACAGCCUAAAGGACGCCGACGGCAAUGGCGAGGGUACGGCGGAAUCCACCUACCGGGACAAGGACGAAAGUUUCGACACUCCCGAGGAGCAAAUGCUGCACUUCUUGGCCCGUGUUGGCAGGCCUGGGUGGAAGUGGAUGUCGCUAAGACCCCGGUCACCCCAGCCACACCACGGCCACGGUGGCAUUCCGGUGGGGCACUACGCCCAGCACCACUUCAACUCGCAAGGGUCGCGCAAAGCGGAACCGUACUACUGCGACCGUACCCUCGUGCAGAGCCUCGUGCGUGACGCCAUCGUUACCGACGGGUUGGAUCGAGCCCCGAGCCAUCCCUCGCGCAAGGAGGACCGAAGCCCCAUUGCCACGUUGAUGGCAUUGCUGCACAGCCGGCUCGGGUUCAGCAUGUUCAGCGUGAAGACGACGUUUGUGGCGACACGAUCGGGACUGCUGCGCUGGAUCGAUCAUCUGCCGCACUCGGAGGAUUCGACGGAACCGCACUUCAGUGAAACAAACGCCCGAGCCAUGGAUAUGAGUUGGUACAAGCGGGCUGUCGAUCUGUACGCCACGGAACCAGAAGGAUUCGUUUUCAGUGUUCCGUUCAAUUCUGGAUACUCCGGUAAAAACAGUUCAACGCUGGUUACGGCGAGUCAUGCCAUCUUCAUCGAUCAUCGAGGCCACAAGGCACCAGCUGCCGUGGUGGGAUUGCAAUUUUUGCACGAGUCGCUGUUCAAACAUUUUAUCAACAUCACAUCCAAGUGUACGGCAUCGACAACAUGCAAGAAGAACUGCGCCUCCGAUGAGCUCGACUGCUACCUGCUGGACGACAACGGGUUCGUGAUCCUGUCGGAGCGAAGCGAGCACACGGGCAAAUUUUUCGGCCAAAUCGACGGUACCAUUAUGGACUCGCUGGUGCAGGAUCGCAUCUACCGGCGCGUGCCACUGAUGGACUAUCAGGGCAUCUGCUCGGAUCGGGACAACCCGUACACCGGAGCGGGCGAACCGCUGAAACCGGUACGCCCGAUGUCGUGGCUGCUGCAGUACUUCGUCUCGUUCGCCACGUACUGGCUGUCGGUGUUGCCGACGCCGAUCGGUGCCUUGCAGCACGCGAGCUACAACUACGACAACGCGGAGGAGCCGGACGAUGACGACACGUACGACUACGAGCAGCCGGACUACGAACUGCCACCGGAGCACAGCGAUGUGACCACACCCGACUACGAGCAGCGCUCGACGCCUACCCCGCAGCGUUCGAACUUGCAGGCCGGUCCCCGGGUCGUGCCGGAUCCGGCUCACGCUCGUCCGUGUGAUCUGAAGACCGAUCUUUACGUCUUGCAACCGGACCGGUUGAACUCCAGUGGACAAAAUAAUCCUUUGAAGGGCAAACUUACGAACUGUCACUCGUCAGGCUGCGAGCGGCCGUUCAGUGUCCAAAAGAUACCGAACAGCAAUCUCAUCCUGCUGGUAGUGGACGUGCUGUGUCCGUGCGGCUCCAAGCAGCUCGACAUCGAACCCCAAGAGGUCGUCGGCGGUGCAGGUGCCUGCGGUGUGCGUCGCAUGGCCAAGGAGAAGAUGCUCCGGAAGCGUCCGGGCAAGUGCAUCAGCUACCACCCGGAGGAGAUCGAAAUCAAGCAGUGCGGCACGGCGACGACUUUGUUCCGUGCGUCGCUGUACUCGACGAUAGCGACCUUCAUUGUGAUAUGGGUGCUUGCCAGCGCGUGA